CUUUUGUCGAACUCGGUCGUCAUUUAUUUCUGGAUCUGAAGCCGCAGCGCCCGAGAGGGAGCGAGCUAGUUUGAGAAAUGUCGGAGGCGGAGGCGAAAUCCGUGAUCCCCGAGUCCGUAUUGAAAAAGCGCAAGAGGGAGGAGCAAUGGGCUCUAGAGAAGAAGCAAAAGCUCGACGAGAAGAGGAAGAAAAACCUCGAGAAUCGCAAACUUAUUUUUAAGAGGGCAGAGCAGUACGCUAAGGAAUACAAGAAGCAAGAGAGGGAACUGAUCCAGUUAAAGCGCGAGGCUAGGUUGAAAGGAGGCUUCUACGUUUGCCCCGAGGCCAAGCUUCUGUUCAUUAUCAGAAUCCGCGGGAUCAAUGCCAUGCAUCCGAAAACUAAGAAGAUCCUGCAACUUUUGCGCCUGAGACAGAUUUUUAAUGGAGUUUUCUUGAAAGUGAACAAAGCUAUUAUUAAUAUGCUCCGCAGGGUGGAGCCUUAUGUCACCUAUGGUUAUCCAAACCUUAAAAGCGUAAGGGAAUUGAUAUACAAGAGGGGAUAUGGGAAACUGAACAAGCAAAGGAUUCCAUGAACUAACAAUGGCAUAAUUGAGCAGGGGCUAGGAAAGCAGGACAUUAUAUGCAUUGAGGACCUCAUUCAUGAAAUUUUUUCUGUAGGGCCUCAUUUUAAGGAGGACAAUAAUUUUCUUUGGCCAUUUAAGCUGAAGGCGACACUUGGAGGACUAAAGAAGAAAAGGAAUCAUUAUGUUGAAGGUGGAGAUGCUGGAUACCGUGAAGAUUAUAUCAACGAGCUUAUCAGGCGCAUGAACUAGAUUUAGGCAGCCUUUUAGCAUCAUCUAUUUCAGGUUUUUGAAAGAGACCAGAGAUUUGCUUAAGUUUUUGUUUUUCAUGUUUUUAGCUGACCAGCAUCAGUCAGAAUUGCUUCUUGUUCUAGUUGUCUAAAUAUUAUCAUUAUUGGUGUUUCCUGUUUUAUGAUGAUUUUAAGCUACCAUGA